UAAUAGACGUGCCUGAAUGCGCCUUGCGCCAAUUUCGUUGGACGGCAGUCGCUCGCAAGCAGGUGCGUUGUGCGCGCGUGCGUCCGCCAUCUUUGAACAACAGCUGAUAUAACCGCCAACGCGAUCUUAUAAAUCGAAAUUUUUGAAUAUUGAACGAGUACGAUUUGUAGCAGAUAGGUUUUAGAUGCACAUACAUUAACGUUAAGUGCAGUGACUUUAUAAACGGACUAAUGAAGAUGACAGUUAAUCGAAUAAGAGUUGUGGUGCUGGGGAGCCCGCGAUGCGGCAAGUCCGCGGUGGUUGUUCGUUAUUUAACGAAGCGCUACAUCGGCGAGUACAGCUCCACCGGCGAUUUCCUGUAUCAACAUCGGGUGGCGUUUGACGGCGCCACGUCUGAAGUGGAGGUCCUAGAUACCUGUGGGUGUGCUAAACGCGGUUGUUUGGCGGAGCAUCUUCGCUGGGGCGACGCGUUUGCGGUGGUGUAUUCGGUAUGCGACCGGCGCUCGUUCUUGGCUGCGGCCGAGCUGCUGGCUCUACUCGAGAGGACUCGCCUGCCUGGCUGCACUGCCGUCACCCUCCUCGGCAAUAAGCGGGACCUGGAACAUGCCAGAGUCGUCAAAGCGGAAGAGGGUCAGGAGUUAUCUUUGCGGUUUGGCUGUCAGUUCUACGAAGUGUCCGCGGCGGAAUCGUGCGCGGGCGCCGCUCUAGCGUUCCAUGCGUUGUUGCGCGAGGCACGUGCGCUUGCACUCCUAUUACCCACGCCCAGGCGCAAACUUGCCGCGUAUUCUGUUUCCAAGGUAAUCGGCACGAUCCUCGGUCUGAGCAACAAAAGCGUGAGGAAGAAACGACCAUCACUCAGCAUAUGAUCAGUCAGCUGAUACUUUUCUGGAUCUUGUUUACUCCGUGAUAGGAGUUUUGUUUUAUUUCUGUAAUAACAGAAAUCUUUUGUUAUCCCUGUCGAUACGGAUCGAAGGGAUUUGUCUGCCGUCGGGCCUGAGACGAUACUAAGGUGGAUUUACGAUGCCUGGAUAGAUGAGAACACAUGAAUACUUUGUGUAUGGCCCUUCUGUUGCCAGUUUUCUCAUAAAUACUGUACAGUGUAAUAUCAGAAUUUAUUAUACAUAUACCUUUAAUGUUUCUGUAUGUACUGACUGUAAUAUAUUUGUGUAAAUUAUGUUAUAGUUUUCAAGGAGGAUAUAAUUUUUGAUAAGAGUAGUUUUGAUAGUUCAUGUUUGUAUACAUGCACCUGUCAUGUGGCCUUAUGAUACCUGUACCUAAGUGUGAAGUUUGUAUAACAUAAAAAUCUAAAUCUUAAAAUGCAAGUAUUGGAGUUGCAAUUUAACUCGAUUCACUUGCAUCGACUGAAAUUAUAUUUAAUCGUGUUUUAUUGUAAAAAGACAUUGUUUUGAUAAGUUACUAUCAGUUACAAACGUGUUUUUGUCCGUAUUAAUAUCCUUGUUUUAAUGUAAUGCUGUCCUGAGAUACGAAUCUCAAGAAUUUAAAGCUUUCCUUUAAACCUCAUUUGCUUGACUUUUGAGUAAAGAAAUUAUAUAAUAAAUGUUGUAAACACUUGUGUAUUCUACUGCUAUAUAUUUUUGGCAGUAUUUUUAGAAUAUUUUGUAUUAAAAUGUGUGUUUUACAAAACGACGUUUCCUACCUAUUAGAUAUAAGGAUGUCCUAAGUUUGGGACCAUAGUUUGUGUAAA